AUGUCUUCCCGACAAAAACGACGUUUUCACGCCUCAAGCACUUUCUUAAAUCGCAAUUCUAUGAUACAAUACACCUUGGCACCGCUGUAUAAGAGAUCAACUACUGUCGAUAUUUCUUCUAUGGCUGUAAUGGCGUACGGAGGGGAUUUUAGCGACCUUCCAGCUUCCACUUCUUCAGGAAUCUUAUUUGGAAAUAGCCUUGGUGGUGUAUGGAUUAGCCACACUUUGCCUGGAUUUCCAAACCUUACGAUGAGAGGACCUCCGUUAAUUAGUGAAAAAGAUUAUGACAAAGGGCAUAUGAUAAUGUGCCUUAGAUUGAACCUGAUGACUCUGAACAAGAUCGCUGCAGUUGUCAAACACACCGAAUUCAAAAUAACUGAUUUCAGCUUACCGCAAAGCCUCCGUUCAUCUUUACUGGAAUGGGCGCGUAUUGAAAGAGAUCCAAGUCAAAGGGGAAUUAAUCCAUCACAAACUAAAUUACUCAACUUUUCAACAAGAAAUAAAUUGUUGCAAGGCAAAAUAUUGGUUCGUGGUGCAGAUGAUUCGCGUAAUCUUUAUCACACAUUCGCUAAGAUGCAAAGAAUUGUUCUAGAUGUAUACAACAGUAAUUAUGAGUAUCCGAAACCCACUUGUCAACGCGUUUACAGUUUACGCUACAUGGAAAAAAUAUCUAUUAAUUUUCCGGAACAAAAAGUGUGCUAUAUACCAAGGAAAAACGACAAAACGAGCUUUGGUGUAAGCACGGGUGCUGUGUGGCAAAGAAGUGGCCGAAAUUCCGCACAAUAUUGGACGUGCAUCGGAGAUCACGACCGUCAUGGUUAUCUUGCUAAAGGCGGGCUACUUACCUGUGCCGAAGAUUAUUCCCUAUGGUUCGGUUUCGACAAUUUCAAAACCAAAGAACCGGAAUGUUAA